AUGCCUCAAUUGGACGUCGAACAAUUAUUGACCGAGCUUACUCUCUCCGAGAAGAUCUCUCUUCUUGCCGGUUUGAAUGCCUGGCAGACCGUCCCAAUUGAUAGAUUGGACAUUCCUUCAGUGACUGUCUCUGACGGUCCAAAUGGUAUUCGUGGAACCCGUUUCUUCGAUGCUGUGCCUUCGAACUGUUUCCCCUGUGGAACCGGAGUUGCUUCCACAUUCAACAAGGACUUGCUUGUCGAAGCAGGUAAGUUGAUGAGUAAAGAAGCCAAGAUGAAAGGUGCUCACUGUAUUCUUGGCCCAACUUGUAACAUUGCCCGUGGACCUUUGGGAGGCAGAGCUUUCGAGUCAUACUCCGAGGACCCAGCGUUGUCGGGCCACAUGGCUGCCGCAAUUGUCAAUGGUAUUCAACUGGGUAAUGUGGUUGCAUGCUUGAAGCAUUACGUCUGUAAUGACCAGGAGGACGAGAGAAAAGGUGUGGACACCAUCAUCAGCGAGCGGGCUUUGCGUGAGGUGUACUUGAAGCCAUUCCAGAUCGCUGUGCGUGAUGCCAAUCCAAAGUCCAUCAUGACUGCUUACAACAAGGUCAAUGGAGAGCACGUUUCACAGUCGAAGAAGUUGCUUCAAGACGUUUUGAGAGAAGAGUGGAAGUGGGAUGGCUUGGUAAUGUCUGACUGGUAUGGAGUGUACACCACCAAGGAGGCCCUUGAUGCUGGCUUGAACUUGGAGAUGCCAGGUCCAACCAGAUUCCGUGAGGACGUGCAGACCUCUCACAUGGUUGUCUGUAAUGAAAUUCACAGAGACGUCAUUGACGAUAACUGUCGUUACGUUCUCCACUUCAUCAAUGACUGUCUCGAGGCUGGCAUUCCUAAGGACCAGAAGGAGUCGCAGAAUGACGACCCAGCAGCUGGUGAGCUCUUGCGUAAGGUUGGAGGUGAGUCCAUCGUGUUGUUGAAGAAUGAGGGCAACAUCUUGCCAUUGAGUGCCGAGAAGGCCAAUGGAAACGAGAUUAUUGCUGUGAUCGGACCCAACGCUAAGGCCGAGAGAAACUCCGGUGGAGGUUCUGCCUCGUUGAGAGCAAGAUAUACCGUUUCUCCAUACGACGGUAUUGUCAAGAAGGUGGAGGAGCGUGCUGGCAAGAAUGCAGUUGUUGUGGAGCACUCGCUCGGUGCCUACUUGGACAAGACCUUACCAGAUAUCGGAAGCAUUUUGACCAAAGAGAACGGUGAGAAGGGUUUCACUGUGAGCUUCUUCAGAGAGGCUCCAGGCACUGAAAACAGAGAGGCUUUUGACGUGAUUUCGUCGGACAGCUCCAAGUUAUUCUUGACCGACUACAAGAGUCCUAAAUUGCCUGCUGGUACCCAAUUGUACUACGCAGACAUGGAGGGUUACUACACUCCAGAUGAGACUGCCACCUACGAGUUCGGCUGUUCAUGCUUGGGUACGGCUCAGAUGUUUUUGGACGGAAAGCUCAUUGUCGACAACAAGACCAAGCAGGUCAAGGGUGAUGCAUUCUUCUUGGGUAUGGGUACCCGUGAGGAGAGAGCCCUGGUGCAGUUGGAGAAGGGCAAGAAGUACAAGUUGAAGGUUGAGUAUGGUACAAGGCCAACAUCUAAUCUCGUUACUGAGUACCAGGAGACUGGAGGUGUAUACUUUGGAGCUGAAAUCAAAACUACCGACGAAGAGGCUUUGGAGAAGGCUGUUGAGCUCGCCAAGAAGGCCGACAAGGUUGUUUUGGUGACUGGAUUGUCUAAGGAAUGGGAAUCCGAAGGUUUUGACAGACCAGACAUGGAUGUUCCCGGCUGGACUGACAAGUUGGUCGCUGAAGUGGCCAAGGUCAACAAGAACGUUGUUGUGGUCAACCAAUCGGGAUCUCCAGUGACUAUGCCAUGGAUUAAUGACGUCAAGGGUCUUGUCCAGGCAUGGUUUGGAGGUAACGAGUUGGGUAAUGCCAUUGCUGAUGUUCUUUUCGGUGAUGUCAACCCAUCCGGUAAGUUGUCACUCUCUUUCCCAAAGAAACUCGAACAUAACCCUUCGUACUUGAACUACGGCUCCACCAAUGGCCGUGUGUUGUACGGAGAAGACGUUUUCGUUGGCUACAAAUACUACGAGAAGGUGGACAGAAAGCCUUUGUUCCCAUUCGGUUUUGGUCUUUCAUACACCACCUUCGACUACAAGAACACCAAGGCAUCUGUGGAAGGGGAUGAGGUUGUUGCCUCUAUUGAUGUGACCAACUCCGGAAAGGUCGACGGUGCUGCUGUGGUACAGUUGUAUGUGAAGGCACACAACCCUAGAGUUAUCCGUCCAGUCAAGGAGCUUCGUGACUUUGGCAAGGUGUUCUUGAAAGCAGGUGAGACCAAGACUGUGACAAUCAAGCUUCCGCUCUUGGAGGCAACUUCGUACUGGGAUUCUUACAAGAACAAGUGGUUGUCUGAGAAGGACACUUACAGUGUUAUUUUGGCAUCUUCUUCCGACAAUGUUGUUGGAGAGGCCGAAAUUACUACCGAGGCAGACAAGUAUUGGUUGGGAGUCUAA